UGGGCACCUGCCGCGCCGCUGUCCCGCCUCCAGAUGGGGAAGGACCAGGGCUUCUCCAGGCACUUUCGGAUCUUCAUCCCCAAGAAGCACCGAGCCCGCUUCGACGAAGUGGUGUCCCAGGGCCUGCUGGGGAAGCUAUGCCGGGCGCGCAGGGCGCAGGGCGCGCAGCGGUUGCGCAGAAGCCGCAGCGAGGAGCGGCCGGAGCGGCUGCUGGUGUCCACGCGCGCGAGCGCCCCGCCGCGCCGCCCCGACGAGCCGCCCCCACGAAAGGCCACCUCUCUGUUGAGCGGCCGCGCCAGCCAGGGGGGCACACGCAGAACGGUCCGCGUCUACAAGGGCAGCAAGAGCUUUGGCUUCACGCUGCGAGGCCACGGGCCCGUCUGGAUCGAAUCUGUCCUGCCUGGGAGCCCGGCCGAUAAUGCUUCCCUCAAAUCUGGGGACCGGAUCCUCUUCCUCAACGGACUGGACAUGAGGAACUGCUCCCACGACAAGGUGGUGUCCAUGCUGCAGGGCAGUGGCGCCAUGCCCACCCUGGUGGUGGAGGAGGGCCUCACCCCGUUCACCAGUGACUCAGACUCGCUGGACUCCCCCCGCCCGUCCUCAGCUCUGACGUCCCUGCAGUGGGUGGCGGACAUCCUGCCUUCCAGCAUCCGAGUCCAGGGGAGGACCUUCAGCCAGCAGCUGGAACACCUGCUUACGCCCCCCGAGCGCUACGGGGUCUGCCGGGCCCUCGAGAGCUUCUUCCAGCACAGGAACAUUGACACCCUGAUUGUGGACGUCUAUCCCGUCCUGGACACCCCCGUCAAGCAGGUCCUCUGGCAGUUCGUCUACCAGCUGCUGACGUACGAAGAGCAGGAGCUGUGUCAGGAGAAGAUGGCCUGCUUCCUGGGUUACACAGCCAUGACAGAGCCUGAGCCGGAGCUGACCCCCGAGCCGACCCCUGAGCCGACCCCUGAGCCCCAGCCUCGCAGCUCCCUGAGGGCUGCCUCCGUGUGCCGUCGCAGCCUCCGGGCUCCGGGCCUGGACACCACCCUGGGCUGCGGUGAGAACCGAGAGCAGGCCGGCAGGGCAGAACGGGAGUCUGCCCAUGGGACCUACUUUUCUCACCUGCACAGUGGGCAUGGACCUGGCGAGUGUCCUGAGAUGUCACUUCCUCUGGUCCCAGGCGAGCGCCAGGCAGGGGAUGGCACGUCCCUCCCUGAGACCCCCAACCCCAAGAUGAUGUCUGCUGUCUACGCGGAACUCGAAUCCCGACUGAAUAGCAGCUUCAAAGGGAAGCGGGGGACCCUGUCCAGAUCCCGGGCCUCCCCGCCAGUGCCCAGCCCAGCAGGCAAUGCAGGGCCCAGGACCCUGUCCGGCGUCUCCUGGCCCAGCGAGCAGCUGCUGCCCUCUCCCUGCUACUACCCACUGUGCCCGGGGGGCCUGGCCUCCCCCAGCAGCUCCGAGUCCCACCCCUACGCCAGCCUGGACAGCAGCAGGGCGCCCUCCCCACAGCCAGGCCCAGGGCCCACCCGCCCCGACAGCCCCCCCAGCCCGGACCCUGCCCGCCCGCCCAGCCGCAGGAAGCUCUUCGCUCUCUCCCGGCCUGUGCGGAGCCGAGACACUGACCGCUUCCUGGAUGUGCUGAGUGAGCAACUGGGUCCCCGGGUCGGCACCCUGGAUGACUUCCUGAGCCCUGAGAACGAUUAUGAGGAGAUGAGUUUCCACGAUGACCAGGGCAGCUUCCUGACCAAUGAACGGAGCAGCGCCAGCGAGUGCGUCAGCAGCAGCGAGGAAGGCAGCUCCCUGACCUACUCCUCCAUCUCUGACCACAUCCCCCCACCCCCACUCAGCCCCCCACCGCCACCUCCCCUGCCCUUCCAUGACCCCAAGCCCAGCUCUCGCACUCCUGAUGGUCCCCGGGGCCCUGCUCAUAUGCCAACCAAGCCCCUCACCCAACUCAGCCAUCCAGCCCCUCCUCCGCCCCCACCCCCCCUGCCCCCACCUGUGCCCUGUGUGCCCCCCAUGCUGUCCCGAGGCCUGGGCCACCGCCGCAGUGAGACCAGCCACAUGAGUGUGAAACGUCUGAGGUGGGAGCAGGUGGAGAACUCAGAAGGCACCAUCUGGGGUCAGCUCGGGGAAGACUCUGACUAUGAUAAGCUGAAUGACAUGGUGAAAUACCUCGACUUAGAGCUCCACUUCGGCACCCAGAAGCCUGCCAAGCCAGCGCCUGGACCUGAGCCCUUCAGGAAGAAGGAGGUGGUGGAGAUCCUGUCCCACAAGAAGGCCUACAAUACCUCCAUCCUGCUGGCGCACCUGAAGCUGAGCCCCGCCGAGCUGCUUAACACUAAACAAGGAAAGCUUGGAGGCCACUGCUUCUGGACCAAGGCAGCAGGUGCCCCUCCUAUGUUGUCCGUCCCCGAGUACAAGACCCGCCUGCGCAGCCUCCACUUCCAGGCCACCCUGCAGGAGAAGACGGAGGAGAUCCGAGGCAGCCUGGAAUGCCUGCGCCAGGCGUCCCUGGAGCUCAAGAACAGCCGCAAGCUCGCCAAGAUCCUGGAGUUCGUGUUAGCCAUGGGCAACUAUCUCAACGACGGGCAGCCCAGGGCGAACAAGACCACCGGCUUCAAGAUCAACUUCCUGACAGAGCUCAACUCCACCAAGACAGUGGACGGGAAGUCCACCUUCCUGCACAUCCUGGCCAAGUCAUUGAGCGAGCACUUCCCAGAACUCCUGGGCUUUGCUCAGGACCUGCCCACCGUGCCCCUCGCUGCCAAAGUGAACCAGCGGGUCCUGACCAGCGACCUCGCUGACCUCCAUGGCACAGUGCGGGAGAUACAGGCUGCCUGCCAGAGCAUGGCUCACUCCAGUGAUGACAAGUUCCCCGUGGUCAUGGCGGUAUCCUCCCCCAGAGCAGACCCUGGCUUCCAGCAGAGGUGCUGGGCACAGCGCUCCUGGGUCCAGCUGGCCAUGGAGAAGCCAGUGUUUGCUGCGCAUAUGUGCAGAGUAGAACUGUCCUGCAUCAGUAUGCAGAUGCAGGGUCACGUCUGUGACUUUGACCUGUGUGUCUCCCUGCAGCCCCGACGGAAGCCACAGGCACACUUGAGAGGCCUGGCAGGCCAGCCAAUCAGAGGCAGCCAAGGAAGGGGUCAGUCUCCAGGGAGACCCCAGCAGGUCCUGUUAGGCGACGAAGCAGACCCCAGAGCGCUCUGUGACCUGCAGACCGGGGAGGGCUCCCGUAGCUCUGGGAUGGUGUCGCCUCUGGCCUGGUGACGGCAGCCCACACGUGCCGAGGACACGUGGCCACACAGGUGCUCCCGUCCCAACCACCCAGGGAUGAGCCACCUGCAUCUCCAGCUACCUCGGCGCACAAGCCUGGCCCGCCACCAUGUGGGUCUGGCUGGGACCCCUUGGGCUCCAGCCCACGCCCAGUCCCCACUGCACCCGGCAGGCAGCAGUGCUCACCCAGGCUCCUGCUGCACACCUCUCCCUGCCUCCCUGGCUACAGUGCCCACGCAGGACAGGGGUCCCUCUGGGCUGGCUGCAACCACAUGGACCUUGAAGUGGCUGCCGGCCUGGGCUGCUGGCCCUCUGGGUCUCUCCAAAAGACUGCUGAUGUUCGUUGGCCAGGACAGCCCUCUCGGGCCCAGAGCCCAAGGAAGAAAAGGCCCGGGAGGCUCUGCACCAGGGGAUACGAAGGCCUGAAGCUCCCUGUGCAUUUGGGCAGGAAGAGAAAUGUCCUCCAGGCCAGACUGCAGAUGUGAGAUCUGAAUCCAGUUGAGAGGUGGCCAGCCUGGCGGCUGGGAGCAUCGGGCAGGUUCACCCUGGGGUGGCGGCGAGAACAGGAAGGGGGUUAGGCUGUCAAUAAACAGCGUUUGGUGGCCUGUU